UCUCGUGGAGCUUGUCCUGGUCUCGAUCCUCUACUUGCGGGUGCAGCCUGUCUGUGUUCUGUACAUGCGCUGUGCCCCCACGGUGCUUCAUGUCUGUGGAUCAUGGACGUUAUGUAAUGUUAUGUUAUGUAGGAAUCCUCACUGGCUUCUAUUUACUUCAGCCCCUGCAGCAUAAGCAUUAAUGAUGUCAUGGUGUUUACUGAGGCUAAUGGGGGUCAUGUUGCUGCUGGAGGAUGCUGUGGGAGGCGGGUGUUCUCCUCAGGGCUCAGAGCUGGAGAUGGCGAAGGCAGACCAACGUUUCGGCCAGCGGGACGGCUCCGACCAGAACUUUGACUACAUGUUUAAACUGUUGAUCAUUGGCAACAGCAGCGUCGGGAAAACCUCCUUCCUGUUCCGCUACGCAGACGACUCCUUCAGCAACUCCUUCGUCAGCACCGUGGGCAUCGACUUCAAGGUGAAGACAGUGUAUCGCAACGACAAGAGGAUCAAGCUGCAGAUCUGGGACACCGCAGGUCAGGAGCGCUACCGCACCAUCACCACGGCCUACUACCGCGGUGCCAUGGGCUUCAUCCUCAUGUACGACAUCACCAACGAAGAGUCCUUCAACGCUGUUCAGGACUGGGCCACACAGAUAAAGACGUACUCAUGGGACAACGCCCAGGUGAUCAUGGUGGGAAACAAGUGCGACAUGGACGAGGAGAGAGUGGUGCCACCGGAGAAAGGGAAGCACCUGGCCGACCAGCUGGGGUUCGAGUACUACGAGGCCAGUGCCAAGGAGAACAUCAACGUACGGCAGGUGUUCGAGCGCCUGGUGGACAUCAUCUGUGUGAAGAUGUCAGAGCGCGUGGAUGUGGAGGCCCCUGCAGCUCCAGGGUCCAAGACCACCAGACUGACGGACAAGCCGGCCCAGCUACCUCAGAAGUGCUGCUGAUCAGACCAAGACCCCCCACCCCCACCCCACCCCCAUACUGUCACCUCGUCUGCCCCUCCAACAAGAAAAUCUGCUUAAUUACUCUGACAUUCCUCCACACGCUCUGCUUUAGUCCAUGCUUGUGAGCAGUCAAUAACCCUUUGCCUACUGCCGUUUAUGCUAACUAACAUUUAUAGAGCCAGCAUCAUGCCAUCCCCUUCACACUUUCCAAGGUUGACACUAAGUAAAAGGCAGGAACAGCAAAACAAAACCAACGUUGGUGUGUUCAGAAAGGUCCCAACAUGGUGAAUGCUAGCAUACUGUGCUAAAAUGCUAGUGUGAUAACUGCAACUCUGAGCUUGUUUGUGUGUUUUAGCACUUGCGUCUGCUAACUGCUAACAUUUAAGUUUGCUAACUGCGAGUUGGCCAGUUAGAAAUGUUCAAAUCAAAGUGUCAGUAUGUUUCAUUUGUGCCAUAUAAGUGUUUGCAUACUUUAGUUUCGACUUGAACCAAGGUGUACAUGUAAAAGUCACACAAACAUCAUAUGAUAAAUCAUAAGACAGUGUUGUUUCCAGGGCAACGUGCAUCAGAUGUUGCAGUUAUUUUGGAUUCCCAGCAUUUCUAACACACUAAAGUGACGUUUUGUCCACACUAGGAAGAAGCUGAAGCAGCUCCAUAGGAAAGCACAGCACUGCCUCCCUCCAAGUGUAGCACCAGAGUAACGCCAUUACAGCUGCUCAUGUCCACAAGUUUACAAGUCGCUCGUUUACCGCGCCAUCCGCUGGAAAUCAACUAGGCUGCUUCUGACAUAGCUAAUCAUAAUUAGGUCCACUUUGUUAAAAAAGCCCAAUAACUGUUACUGGCCUUAUUUAGUACUGUUUUUGGCUUGAACAUGCUUUAGGGCUACACCACCAAUGCACAACUCCCAGGCAGGGCUGCAGUCCACAUCAUGUGAGUCAAAGAUUGAACACCUAAAGGUGCAACUGAGCCCCUUAAACCUUGACCCAGUCAUAAAUGAAGGAUGCGCUUCAUCCCCACAACUUUUUCUACUAAUCAUGACUUUGAUCCUGUUAAAGAGGUUGGUGACAUAUGCAAUCGCUGAAGUAGGUGAACAUGCCAAGAAGCAGAGCAGCUGCUCUGGAGACCCAGGCCGGGGUUUCAGGGCAUAACUUUACCUAAUAAUGACAAGUUCAUUUUGUUUCUGGGCACAGUCCUUGUUUUCACUUUCAGGUCUGUUUAAAAUCGCCCUGCAUCUGUAUAAUGUUCCGUUACUCUUGAGUCACACGUGUCUGAUGGGCUGAUACUGAACUGUGGCCUGACAAUAUGCAGACAGCUGUCAAGUAAAGUGGGUGCUGCUCGUCUGAGUUAUGGCAUCGGUCUCUCAUGUGAGUGACCGUGUGCUGUUGAUGUUGUGUAGGUCUUGGAGGCUUAGCUGUGUCCAGAGCAGAUCAGAGACAAGCUUCAUGCAUGUUGCUGACAUCACCAAGAUACAAGGUUAAUUUAAACGUAAUGUAGGAAAGAUUCAACUAAUACUACCUUGCUGUGGGAUCAUUGAACUUUAUCGACCUUCAUGAGCACAGUUGUAAUUAAGUGCAGGAUGUUUAGUGCACAAGAUUUUCUGCAUUCAACAAUGAUUUAAGGUCAAUGCUGCUUUACAAAUCGAGCAGUGGCCCAAAAAGCCACAGCUGGGCAGGCACUGGUUUCCAGCAAUGCACUUAUUGACCAAUUAUUGAUGUUGGAGAGUAUUCCUACCUUAUGGCACCACUAAGUAAAGCACAUCAUACCCUUGGCUAUCAGCUCCGAGGCCCAGAUCAGACCCCUCCAGACUGCCAUAGACUCUAGUCCAGACUCCCACUGCAGCCCUGCUUCACGGUGGUUUAUAGCUUUUGCACUGGCCGACACAAUCCAACGCCACACGGAGGGUGUUUUUUAGCGCUCAUGAGUGAAGAGCAUGUGGUUCUCUCCUCCCCUGUAGGUGUGUUCAUGUAGCCGUCACGUCACAGUGUUUCCUAUAUGAACUCAACUCUAUAUGAACUAUGUGAGCGUGAGUGAAUGUGUGUGUGUGUGUGUGUGUGUGUGUGUGUGUGUGUGUGUGUGUGUGUGUGUGUGUGUGUGUGUGUGUGUGUGUGUGUGUGUGUGUGAUAUUAGAGAUAUGUUCUACUGUUCUACAUAUGGUUAUCAUGAUAUUUAUGGUGUGUUCAGUUGUACGGGUUUUGUGUUGUGUACAGUAUCUUUGACAGAAGUGUGAUAUUUUGAUAAAGUUAUAUCAGUUAAGAUACAGUAUGUAAGAAAAAGGGAAGAUGUGGUGAAAAAUCAUGUGUGCAUUUAUUAUUAGAUAUUAUGGAAAUAGAAGAAACAAUAUCCUGCCAAACUGUUCCAUAGCUACCACAGCGCACGUUUGUGUGUGUGACUCCCCACCGUGUGUCUUCAUAUUGGUAGAAACAUAUAUUGAUAAUAUUGACAUUGUCUUCAUAUGAUUUUUUUUUAAGUGAAUUUGUAAAUGAUAGGAUUAGAAAUUAUAAUGUUGUUGAGUAUGGAUUUAUUUUUAUGCUGUGUAUACCAUGGACAAAUUAUGUAGAGAGUUUAUGUAAACUUGUUGUCUUACAGUUCCCUCCUGUACGGGGAGAGGCACAAAGUGAUUGUACAAAAUAUUGUGAAUGUUUGUAUAUUAUAGAUGCAAUUUAGUAUAAUAAAAAUCACAAUCUUUAAUCAUA